AUGCUGGCGGCAUUGGUGUAUGCCAGACUGCAACGAUCCAGUGCACAACGAGUGGAACGUGAUAUAAUGCUGACGCAAAGACCGACAGUGUUGAUCGUGUACACGGACGAUUGUCUGGCGCAUUCGAACUGUAUUCUAGCAUUCGCUAAAUUGCUGGAGGAUGUGGCCAAUGCAAGAGUGCACAUUGAUCAGCUGGAAUUGAACACGUCGGGUGCAAUCCCAACGCGAUGGUUUAUCGAUACGUUCGCAAAGUGUCAGUUUGUAAUUGUGGUGUUCUCGGAAGGCUCUGAAAUGGUGCUGAAAGGCGAGACAAUGAUAUGUGAACGACCGUUUCCAGAUUUAUUCGAUACGGCUAUAAAUCAUAUUAUCUCGGAAUUGAAUCGUACGGUUGUGUCAUCACGUCACUCAUCGAGUACACGCUCGCUGAGUGAACGUUUCAUCUUUGUGCAUAUGUCCUAUUCGCCAUCCUCAGUGAUUCCACCCAAUAUCGCGGCAUUUCCCGUUCGUAUAUUGUCAAUUCCAUCGCAGAUCGGUGAACUGAUAGCGAGAUUGCACGAACAACCGAUUGGAUCACAAGUGGUGCAUCAUGUCGAGAGUGACCGAUUGGAGACGGCAAUUGAAGAGGUGUUGACAUUCCGAAGGGUGAAUCCAUCGUGGCUAGAGGAUCGAUUGGUUAAGCAGAACAAUAAUAAGGAUGAAAUACGGAAAAGUGAAGACGUAAAAUUGUUACCGAUUAGUAAGCCGCAUUCGUUACCGACAUUCGCCGAGCAGAUUCGAUUGGCACGUAAACUGAAUAUUGAACCACCAGAUGAAGAGCAAGAGGGUGAACGAACAGGAGCACGGAAUCAGGAGAGUGGAAUUGGAAAUAAUGAUGACCUAGACGCUGCACGUUUUGCCUUAAUCGGAUCACCCGAUGACUUGUCAGAUUCAGACUGA